AUGCUGGGCACGUCCAGCAUGUGCUUGUGUGCCCUACACUUGUGGGGGUGGCUGUGCCUUCGCAUCGCUGCAAUGGGAGGAGAUGAAUUCGAGGCUCUCACCCCGCGAGAUAACAUCCAGACAGCAAAUGCAGAAGCCAAGUGCCAUUUGGCAAAUCUCUUUCUGCACUCACUGGCUGAUGAUGAUGGAGCAGCGCAGCCCAUCGAUGUGCGCCCAGUGCCGGGGCAGAUGCAGGCCUUUGAAGCAACACUGGACUACAGCAUGGCGGGUUUUCAUAUCCAAGCCACGGCCAGUCCUCCCGAUGCCUGCCAAGUCAGUCAGAUGAGCACAGCAGCUAUUAUGCUGGAUCCUGGUGAUUCGACCUUGUCAGAAGUCUUCGUGGAAGCACGGCAGGAAGGGCUCACCAGCCUAAAGUCGCUCAGAUACCUGGUAAACGUUUCUCGUCUCGCAGGUGCUGAAACUGAGCUAAGGCAUGUUUCUGUAUCUGGAGCCUAUCUUGUGCCGGGUUGGAAGCCGGAUGUCAGGGAGUACACUGUGUUUCUAGACUUGGAGGAGGAUCUGGUGAGAUUCAAUUCUAUCAAGCUUGACAAUGGGCAGGCCAUUGAAAUGACGGCAGAAUUGGAGUUUGCUGGAACUCAUGUGGAAGCCAGGCGCCUGCAAACCCUCCCAGAGGCACCUAGAAAGACUAACACUCUUGGAGAAGCUCAGCGAGUUACGUCGAUGUUAACGACGACGCUGGAUGUUGGCCACAGCCGUGUGGUGCAGCUCGGAGUUACGUCUGCUGACAGGUCUCAGGCAACAAACUAUUUUUUCACGGUUCAAAGGCCUGGCUGCUCUGAAGAGCGGCGCUUCUUCGACGGCUCCAGCAGAGCUUGCACGGAUAUUUGCAACGAGGGUUUCUAUGGGAGUUCCGCUACAGGGCGAUGCACUCGCUGUUUGGAUCCUCACUGCGCAGCAUGCGAAGGAAGGAAUUGCUCUCUGUGUUUCCACAAGUACGAAUUUCAGAGCGGGGCCUGUGUACCGAAAGGGGCUGGUAGUGGCAUGGCGGCUCUUCGCCAAGUUGAGUCAGGUGUGACGAGCUAUGCUUGGAAACACCAGACCAUGAUGGUGAUCGUUGGCGCUUCCUUGGCAGUCAUAGGUUCUGCUUGCGCAGCCUCUGUUUUCUGUACUCAGGGCACUGUUUUCAAGCGAAGGCCACGGCUGCUGCAGGAUGAGGAUGAUGAUGACAUGCAAGAUUUCAGUUACCGCGAGGAUUCUUACAGGGCCUAA